AUGUCUCUAAACUAUCUUUCGCCAAUCCUCUGUUUUGUCCUCGCACUUAGCUUCGGCUACGUGUCUGCAGAACCAAGCUGUGGAGGAGAUUCACUGUUUUUCAGACCAAACAGUACUUACGACAUAAACCGUCGUCUCCUUCUCUCAACUCUUGCUUCCAACGUCAGCUCUCGAGACGGCUUCUACAAUGUCUCUCUUGGUGAAGGAACUGAAAGAAUCUAUGUUUUAGGUCUCUGUAUCCCAGGGACUGAUCCAAAGGUCUGUUCGGAGUGUAUCCAACCAGCAUCCGACGGUUUACUAAAAAACUGUCCGAACCAGACCGACUCAUGGGACUGGAGAGCCGCCAAUACGCUCUGUUUCGUCCGUUACUCAAACCACUCGUUUUUCACUCAAAUCGGUUUAGAGCCAACACAACAAGAGUUUUACGAUAUAGAUGUCACUGGAGAUGCAGCAGAGUAUAAGAGAUCAUGGGAAGGUCUCAUGGAGCGUAUGAUAUCAUGA